ACUGUGGUAUACCCCAUGUAGAAGGAGCUGAUAUAAAUAAUACAGACAGAUGGGACGGAAUAGGGAUCCUGAGAAGAAUGUAUAUCAAAUGCUACCAGGAGUUUUAUCUGACUGGAUCCAGGUUUCUGACAUGUCAAUCAACGGGAGCGUGGACGAUGGGUCCAAGUUGUGAAUGGAAGAUGUAUGAAGACCACAUCUACUUACUCCAAGCAUCAAAUCUUACUUGGCAGGAAGCCAAGGAGAAAUGUGAAGGAUUCCAGGCGUAUUUGACAGAAAUAAACUCAGAAAAUGAAAAUAUCUGGAUAACAAACACUCUGAUGAAUCCCUUCUUUGGAAAUACAU